CGCGAUAUUUUGAAAGUCGAAAAUGUUGUGGGCGCUUUAGCGAAGGCGGUCAAGCCACAUUUGAGUGGCUGAGAUCGGCUAGUCCAUAUCCGGGGUAGCGCAUCUUCAGCCACUUCUCAAGUUUGACUUCGUGGGUUGAUGAGUAUUUCAUUAAUAUCACAACUCCGCAGUCUCCUCGAGAACAAACAAGGACAUAAUGGCUCCAUCCACGAUCAACGUUCUCCUCACCUCCUUCCCAGGACUUAAUUUGCCAUCCACUCUUGCGCUUCACCUUUCCGCGGAGACUUCUAUAUCCCAACUCCAAGAUCGCAUUCAAGAACGCCUUCCAGCACACGAUAAUCGCCUGAUCCUCACAACCAUCUCAAAUAAACAGCUUCCGACUACUUCUACAUCGCCAAUAUCCGGUCUACUUGCUAGCCCCCAAGAUGACUUCUUGUCUCUUCGACUUGCAGUACCAUUAUGUGGUGGUAAAGGAGGGUUCGGAUCGCAGCUGAGAGCAGCAGGUGGCCGUAUGUCAUCAAAGAGAAAGCGCAAUCAAGGCGAAGAUAAUGGAUCUAGCAGAAAUCUGGAUGGCCGUAGGCUGAGAACUGUCAACGAAGCCAAAGCUCUUGCAGAAUACCUUGCUAUCAAGCCGGAAAUGGCUAAGAAGGAGAAGAUGGAACGACGGAGGCGUUGGGAACAAGUCGUGGAGUUAGCAGAACGCAGAGAAGAAGAACUUCGAUCCGGAAAUAAGGGCAAGGUCGAUGGAAAGUGGGUCGAGGACAAGGAAGAGGCGAAUGAGAGGACGAGAGAUGCUGUUCUUGCUGCUAUGAAGUCUGGCAACUUCAAGGACAACUUACUGGCUACAUCACAUGGCAGUGCUUCAGGAUCUGGAGGUUCUGGUAGUGAAGAUGAAGUCAUGGCUGGCACAAGCUCCAAGGAUACAACACCGCCAUCGGAACCAGAAGUCAAGCCAAAGCCCCAAACAUUCUUUGGCUUUGAUGAUGACGACGAGUUCAUGAGCAGUGAUGAGGAUGAGGAUGAGGAACAGGAAGAGGUUACUGAGCUGGACGAAGUCGAAGAGAUGGACGAGGACGAAGUUGAGGAAGAAAAUGUCAAGGAACCAACACCACCGCCUAUGCCUGCAAAAGGAAAAGGCAAAGCAAAAGCUAAAGCACCAGCCAAGGCAAAAGGAAAAGGAAAGGGAAAAGCGAAAGCUUGAGACUGUUAUCGUGUUUAAUUCGAAACUUACAGCGAGGUGUUACGGAUGGGUUACUGCUUGGGGG